AUGAUUGUAGCCACAGUUGAAACCAACAGGCCUCCUGCUUUUGCUCGCAAAGGCCUUCCUUUCACAGUCGAUGUCUCUUCCAAAACUACUGUGGGUGACAUCAAGGCCGAGGUUGCCCACAAAAUCCCCAAGUUCUAUGUGUCGAGGCAAAAGAUAACCCUAAAGAAUGAGAAAAAAGCUCUCGAGGAUGAGAUAAAGUUGGCGGAUGUUGGCUUGGGGAGCGGAGGCGACUUGGAGGUGAAGGACUUGGGGCCCCAACUGAGCUGGAAGCUGGUGUUUAUCAUUGAAUAUCUUGGUCCUAUGCUUAUCCAUCCUCUUUUCUACUACUUCCCCGAAUGGUUCUACGGACAAGCGGUGGUGCACAGUGAACUACAAAGAUUUAUCUUCACCUUUGUCAUGCUACACUACGCCAAACGUGAGCUGGAGACUUUGUUCGUUCAUCGGUUCUCCCAUGGCACUAUGCCAGCUAGAAACAUAUUCAAAAACUCAUUCCACUACCACGUUCUCGGUGGAUUAUUGAUGGCUCUCGACGCAUAUCGAGGUAAAUACUCGGCUGACUCUGCGUUCAUCAAAGGAAGCGUCAUGGAAGAUGAACGUUUUCUUUGGGCAUGCACUGGAUUGUGGACAUUCUUCGAACUAUCCAACCUGUCAACACACUUGACUCUUCGGAGUUUGCGGCCCGCAGGAACAAAGAAGCGGGGAAUUCCGAAGGGCUACGGGUUUGGAUUGGUGUCAUGUCCCAACUACAUGUUUGAAGUUUUAGGCUGGAUCGUCGUUUGCGUUAUGUCGAGGAGCUGGGCGACAUGUUUUUUCACUGUGGCAGGUGCUGGUCAAAUGGCAAUCUGGGCGCUGGCUAAACAUAGAAACUACAAGAAGGAAUUUGAGAAGGAAUAUCCUCGAGGAAGGAAAGCGAUGUUUCCUUUCAUUUUGUAG